UGUAAUCAAUUCAGAUGAUACGAACAAAGAAGAAUUUAUAUCAAUUAAGAAAUCAUUGAUAAAUAAACGGCGUGGUGGACAACUUAGUGAUAAAAUUAAAAGAAAAAUCAUUCAAACUGAUGAAUUUAUUGAUUUAACGUUAUGCGACAGUGAUAAUGAUUUAUCUAAAUGUGAAAUUAUCGAAGUGUCUUCAUCAGAAGAAUCAAUAGGUUCAAAUAAAUCAAUAAAAAAUAUAUUAAAAACACCAAAUAAUUUACAUUGUAAAGUUCUAUUACGUAAUUUUACAAAUAAUAUUACGUCAUCUUCUACACCAAAUAAAACGAAUCAAUCGCCAAAUAUUACGCCAUUUUCCACGCCAAAUAAAUCGAAUGAAUCUUUAAAUACUACACCAAAUCAAUUAAAUGAAUCCAACAAUUCUGUAAACGUAAAUAGAAAUCUUGAAGUAUCAUCACCAACACUACCAGAUAAAAUACAUUUAAAAACGGGUAAACAUUGGCGACGGUCAUUAUCGAUUUUGCGUAAUACAUGUGCAUUUAAAAAUCCAAAUGAUUGGAAUUUAAUGACUAUUAAAAAAAAAGGACGAAAAUGGCGUUCAACAUGUUUUGAAAUUAAAAACGAUAAUAAAAGUGUUUGUCUCAAUACAUUUACUCCAGAUAGUCCUCAAACGAAAAACAUUGAUGCUGCUGAAUUAUUAACUGAUUCUCAAUCAAAUUUAAAUGAAAGUAUUCCUGCCAAACGAAUAUCAAUAAGAAUUGUACCAGCGAUAAUUCCAACAACACGAAUAUCACAAAAAGAUAACUUUUGUAGAGUUGGAGAUGAUGAACAUAAUACAGAACGUUCUGAUUUAGAAAUUUAUGCACGAAUUACACAAAAUUUUCAUCGUACAGGUUAUGUAUCAAAAGUCGAUCAAAAUAAAAUCCAGGAGUUGGAUGACGAUUUUAAUGAUUUAUCCUUGGAUAUAAAUAAUCAAUCAACACUCAAUGAAUCUGUCCUUGAACCAUCAUUAAUACGAUCAUCAUCGUUCGAUGUUAGUGAAUAUUCACAUUGUGUCACUGCUCAAGAUAUCGUUUUAAAACGUUGUAAUCAAACUGAUCCAAUAGAUUUUGAUUUUUGUUACCCAGACAGUGUCUUACAAAAAUGUCAGAAACUUGGCGAAGGUGUGUACGGCGAAGUAUUUCUGUUAAAGAACGCGGAUGGAUCAGCAACAGUUUUAAAAAUAAUACCAAUAGAAGGUCCGUUACCUGUAAAUGGAGAACAUCAAAAGAAAUUCGAUGAAAUCAUUUCAGAGAUAAUUAUUACACAAGAACUAAGUGGUCUACGUGAUAAUGCAUUGAAUUGUACAGAAUGUUUUACGUACGUACAGAAUGUACGAUGUGUACGUGGGAAAUAUCCAACAAUGUUAAUUGAUUUAUGGGAGCUAUACGAUGAAAUGAAUGGCUCUGAAAAUGAACAUCCUGGUAUUUUCGAUGAUGAUCAAUUGUAUAUUGUAUUUGAGCUAGAACAUGGUGGGCGGGAUCUUGAAUCUUUUGAAUUCUUGAAUGCUGAACAAGCUUAUUCAAUAUUUAUUCAGACUGCCUUAGCGUUGAGCAUUGCUGAAAACGAGUUAGAAUUCGAACAUCGUGAUUUACAUUGGGGUAAUUUAUUAAUUCAACCUACAAAAUCAAAAACAAUUCUUUUUAAAUUAAAUGGUGAAGAAAUUGAAGUCAAUGCAUGUGGCGUUAAAGCUACAAUUAUUGACUUCACUUUAUCACGCGUUACAUACAAUAAUGUUUGUAUCUACAAUAAUUUAGCCGAUGAUCCAGAUCUAUUUAAAUCUGUUGGUGAUUAUCAAUUCGAAAUUUAUAAAAUGAUGCAGAAAAGGAAUCAGAAUCAAUGGGAACAUUUUGAACCAUACACAAACAUAUUAUGGCUACAUUAUAUAAUAUUAAAAAUGAUCGAUGGUGCACGUUAUAAACGAAAAAAAACACCAAAGCAUUCAAAAAGUAUAGCAUUGAUGAAAGAUUUAUCGAAUGAAUUAUUGGCUCAACAAAGUUCUGAGCAAUUUGUUAUACAAUUUUACUAUCAAAAACCAAAUGAAUAUACAAAGGCACUUUAAAAUUAUUUAUAACAAAAAAAAAUCAAUCAAAAUUAGAUAACAAUAGCGAGACAAUCACCAAUUUUCAAAGAUUUUAAAUAACAAACUAGUUUCUUCUAUAGUAAAUUUUGUGUGUUUUCAGUAAAAUUGAUUCAUACAACAAAUUAUCUAUAAUUGGCAACAAUUAUUAAAAUUUUAAAUCAGGAUGGCCAUUUGCAGGGAGAAUAUCAGGAUCAGGAUCACUAUUAAAUUUCAUUUAUGAAAAAUUAAAAAUUUUUUGAAUUAUCCGCCGAAAAUCACAGUAGAAAUAUAAGAAGAAUGUGUACGAAAAUAUAGAGAAUUAACUUUUCUAUUGGAUAAUGUUUUAAGGCGAAAUUUUCAAAAGAAAAUUCCAACAAUAAGGCUUGCUUGCAUAGCGGAAUCUGUAUCUGUAUACUGGCCGCUUGAAAAAAUUAUUUUUAAAAAUCGACGUCUUCUCAGGAUUAAGUACUUUUAUUUUUUUUUUAAAGUCUUUAUUUUGACUGACUAAUUAAUAGUUCAUUUGGGUCAUGAAUUUAAAAACCUGACAACUAUAGAGUGUAGAGUAAAAGGAGAAUAAUCUUUUAUGGCUAUUUGACUAAAAAAAGUGUCCAAAAGAGUGUUUGAGAGAAAUUCUCUAAUAACUUGUUUAGUUCUCUAUCCUACUCUUAUUACUUAAAGCAUAUUUUAUUAAAUGUACAAUUUUCCUGCAACAGCCCCACCCUUAUUUAAUGCUCUUAAACGGACAGUUUUUUUAUACAGACAUAUUGACAACAACAAACAACAACCUACCAUUUCGUGCCUUUUAUAAACUUCUUUAUUGUUAAAUUUAAACAAAUUUGUACUAUUGGCAGCAUUCACUGUUUAAUGUUUUGUGAAUGUAGCCUUAAUUAUUAUUUUCUUUUUUGUUUUAUUAAAAAAUUUUGAUUCUUUUUUGUAGCUAAAAGGAAAAUAGUGACUGACUUAAAUUCGAAAGUCAUCCUAAGUUAGGUGUCAAGGCUUCUACAAAAAGUGUAAAACUAAGUUCAAAUAAAAUAUAAGUCUUAAUUAAAUUCUAAAAAAACUUAUGCUCUCUAACUACAUUUUCCUUUUAGUUGCGAAUUUUUUUAUUAAUUUUACAAUUAUUUAAUGUUUAUAG